UAGCAUAUUUAGACCUCUGUGAUGUUUCUGACUGAGCACUUGAAUUAUUUUCUGUGGGAUGAAGACACAAUAGUGCUGUGGAAAGAAUGUGACUAAAUGCUGCUUGCCUUGAUAGUCAACAAUGAUCUUCUCUACAUGCCUUCAAUAUCUUUUGGAAGAAUGGCUUCUUAACAAUCUUCUUUAUAUAGUUGCUUGCUCAGUGCUGCUGCUUUUUACUAUAUUAUUUGCCGUUCCACUUGCCAUCGUAUUAUUUUUCUAUAUUUCCGCUUUAUUCCUCCUCUUGUAUGAAAGGACUUGCAAACUGAAUGGAAAUUAUUCCAGUAAUAUAUGGGAUCCGGUGAGGCUAAUAAUAGCAAUCAUAUUGGAUGGAUAUGGAAGAUUAUGGCAUGGGUAUGAGCUACAUGGCAUCGAAAACAUACCAGAUGGGCCAGGGCUAAUUAUUUAUUACCAUGGAGCGGUUCCCUUGGACUACUUGUGUUUUCUGGCUAAAAUUUUUAUUCUGAAGCGCAGGUGUUGUUACUCAAUAGCAGAUGAUUGUGUUUUCAUAUUUCCAGGUGUUCAAGUAUUAACUGGUGUGACAGGUAUUAUUCAAAAUAAAAAGGAAGAGUGUUUAAAUGUUCUCAAGAAAGGCAAGCUACUUGGAAUUUCUCCAGGAGGAAUGAGAGAAGCACUCUUUAGUGAUAAAUCAUACAAGCUCAUAUGGCAUAAGCGUAAAGGUUUCGCUCAGUUAGCUGUAGAUAUGAAAGUGCCUAUUAUACCCAUGUGUACACAAAAUAUUCGAGAAGGAUAUUGGAUCUUUGGGCAAUCAAGACCUUUAGCUAGGAGACUAUAUGAAUAUAGUCGAAUCCCCUUCCUUCCAGUGUGUGGUGGAUUUCCAGUCAAAUUUCGUACUUACAUUGGAGAACCCAUUUUGUAUAAUCCAAAUGUAACUGCUGAGGAAUUGGCUACAAAGACCCAAAUUGCACUCCAGUCAUUAAUUAGAAAGCACCAGCAAAUUCCUGGAAGCAUCUGUCGGGCUUUAUUGGAAAGAUUUCACAAAGAAAAGAAAAAGGAAUAAAUUUGUCAAAUGUUAUGAUUAGGCCAAGUGAGGUAGCACACUGCUAAUAAUGAGUUUGAUAAUCAUCUAGGAUAUCAAAAUUUCUAAUUUAUAUUAUUUUCUAAUUUAGUAUUGUACUUUUUUGGGCAAAGAAAGGAUAAAGUAUUACGCGAUUUUUCAUUUGUAGGCAAAAAGCACUUGAAUAGCUUUUCAUAAGGCUUUUAAGACAUGGGUGUAUUUCAAGGUUGAAGUAUUACUUAGAGACUUUGGUGUGCUUACAGGUGAAUGAUACAAUACUAGUAUUGUACAAUACUAGUAUUAGUAAGAAGUUGCAUAUAAGGAGAUCCCAAAUUCAGUUAAGGCGAGGCUACACAUGUGCAAUCGCGGUGGAGAUUUUAGUCACUCUUCCUCUUCAUAUGUGUAAAAUGGAUAAAAGGCAGAUUCUGUCAAAGAAAAACUGCAAGUGUAAUUAGAAUAAAUAUUUGCUAUAAUUGAAUAACACGAACAUAAUCAUAGCAAUCCUAAAUUAGGAUGAAUUUAGGGAAGAAUUAUUUUGUUUUUGCUUUCUAUUUACUCUCACAGAGUGUUUACUCCAUGAUUUUAUCUAUAUGAAUUUGAAUUUCAGCACCGGGCCUGGUAGCUCAGCAGACUAAAAGCAUUGUGAUUAACAUCAGCUGUCUGCUAUUACUGUAAGUUUGAAUCUCACCAGGUCCAAGGUUGACUCAGCCUUCCAUCCUUUCUAAGGUAGGUUAAAUGAGGACCCAGUUUGUGGGGGCAUUAAGCUGACUUUGUAUAAAUAUACAAAAGUAUGAAAGCUAUUGCUUAACGCAUUGUAAGCCGCCCUGAGUCUUCAGAGAAGGGCGGCAUAUAAAUCAAAUAAAAAAUAAAAAAUAAUAAUAAAAAAAUAAUACAACCAUUUCAUUGGAUUCAUUAAUCACACUAAUCAAUAUUUUUUAGACUGAUUUGAUUCCUUGGCUGCUGUUUAUAUUGUGCAUUUCACUACUGUAUUGUUUUUAAAUAUUGUAAGCCCUCCAGAAUUGCUAAUGUGAGAUAGGCAGUUGUAUAAAUAUUUUUUUUAAAUAUUAAAAUUAUAUUGAAUAAGAUAGCAUUUAUGUUGUGCUUCACUGCAAUAUGUAUUGGAAUGGAUCUGUCAAUAUACAUUUAAUGGUAAAGAAUUUCACUAUUGGGUUUUUGUGAAACAGGCAAUGUUGAAGCAAUAUUUCAUCAGACUUUUUAACAAAGUAAAUUUUUAUGGGAUGUAUUUUGAGUGGAAAGAAAUUUUAGAAAAUUUUGUUUCUAUCAAACAUAUUCAAAUUGAUGAUCUGUCUGGAUAAGCAUAUAGAGAAGGCUGGUACAAGACAUUGCCUGCAUGCAGCCCAUCAGCCAUAUUUAUUUAAUAAUAAAAAAAUAAAUUUAUCCUCACCCUCAGGAAGGAUCUGCAACCAUUGCCACGAAGACACACUGCUCCAACAUUUCCAGGCCUUACCAAUGCUGCCAGCUCAGUUGCUGCUCCACCAGCCAUCAGACAAUUAUAGGUAGUCCUCGCCUUGCAGCAGUUCACUUAGUGACCAUUUAAAUUUGCAACAGCACUGAAAAAAGUAAUGGAUGAUUGUUUUUCACACUUACCACAGUAGAAGCAUCCCUAUAGUCACAUGAUCAAAAUUCAGACACUUGGGAAGUGACUCACACUUAUGACCAUUGCAGUGUUCCAGGGUCAUGUGAUUACCUUUUGCGACCUUCUGACAAGCAAAGUCAAUCGGAAAACCAGAUUUGCUUAACAAUUGUUACUAAUCUGACAACUGAAAUGAUUCAUUUAACAACUGGGACAAGAAAGGUCAUAAAAUGGGGGAAAAUUUACUUAACAAAUGUUUUACUUAGCAACAAAAGUUUUAGGCUCAAUUGUGGUCGUAAGUCGAGGACUACCUGUAAUUGGCAUACCAGCUAUUUCUUUGCAGACAGCUAAUAUUUUUAAUUUAUUAACAUGGCCUUUUUCCAUCUACAACUUGCGUAGCUCUGAUGUAGCGGGUUGUGCAAAUAGUUUUAAGAUUGAAUUUCAGAUGUUUUGGCUAAAAAAUGAAUAAAAACACUGAAAUAAAUAAAUAAUAAUUAUGUGGAAACCAAUCUGAUCUAAAGCUUCUUUCAGUGAAAACUGACAUUGGGCUUUGUAAGAGAAUGUAUUUAUGGAUGCUUCUUUGGAGAUCUGAUGUUGGCAAUUGGACUUAUUAUCCUUUAGUUAUGUUUUUUAUCUUUAUAUUUAUGAAUAAACUCAGAUAUUCUAAAA